AUGGCGAACACGCAGACGACGACAAGCUCGCACGUGUUCGCGCUGCUGCAGGAGCUGGGCAACCGCGUCGCGCCGUCCGCCGCCACCACGGCGACGGCGGUCACCGCCACGGCGGCCACGGCAGGCGCCACGCAGGCGGGCGACGGCGAGGAGGCGGCGGUGGUGGAGCGACGAUUCCGCGAGGUGCUGCCGACGCUCGUGCACAAGCACUUGGUGCCGCGCCUCGUGCGAGAUCGCGAGGUGCUGGCCAUUCUGAAGCUGCUCAUGCACAUCGCGAGGAACUAUCCCGGCACCUUCCUCCACGGCCAUGCGCCCACCACGCUCCCCUUCAUCGCGCGCGCGCUGGUGCUGCUGGGCGAGGCACCGCUCAGGUCGCGUGUGGCGUGCAUCGUGGACGUGGUGUGGUCGCUGGCAGCACUCAUGCGCUCCACCGAUGAAACGGCCUUCUCCUACCUUGUCUCUGACGUGCGCACGCUCAUUCAAGACACAGCUGUAGUGGCGAUGCAGCUGGGGAACAAGCAGGCGCAUGGCAGCCCCAGCAAGGAACGAGGGUCGGUGCCCCCUGCACCACUGCACGCACUCCGCAUGUCGUUCCACUAUGCUGCAUCCUUGCCUCACGCUCUCCGCAACCAGCGGCAGCAGCAGCAGCACGCACCCAGCGCCUCUUUGCUGUCAGAUCUGCCCCCCGAGUGGGAACCAGGGGAGGAGCAGGGUCGUGGGGUGCUGCUUCACGUGGUUGCGGGGGACCGCUGGCAGGCUGCUGCUGAGUUCGGUGCGCUUUUCCUCUCACGCCUUGCCCGCGACCAACACUGUUAUUCCGCACUGGGUGCUUUCCUGUGCUUUGGAAGCGCGCAACUACACAAGCUGUGCUUCUCCACCCUGCGGGACCUCAUCAGCACCACUGGCACGCCUCCCCUGUGCGCGGACGAGCUGCUGCUCUCCCUCCUCACCAUCCUCGCCACCUCCUCCUCGCACCCUCGCCUCCCCGCCUUCAGGACGGGCUGCUACGACCAGAGCCUGGCGGAGUGCCUGCACGCGCUCGCCUCUGCUGCCACGCACGGCACCCUGCGCGUGUGUGCAUCACUGCUGCUCUCGCUCUUCCCACACGCCCUGCUGCACACCUCCUGCCUGCACCUGCAGGUCGCUCUUUUGACCUGCCUGCGCCGCACCAUUCCUCUCCUCCCGCCCUCACCUCCCCCCUGCUCCUCCGCACUAACUGCACCGGCUGACUCCUCCUCGCCCCACUCCCACCGCCUCCUGCUGAGCCUGCUCCCUCUCCUCGCGUCUCCCUCUCCAGUCAGCACGCCCCUCGCUGCGUGCCUCUCUCUGCUGCUGCGCCGCCACCCCGUGUUCCAGCACAAAGCCACGCUGCGUGCCCCUCGCCCUGCCACACUGAAUGUGCCCAUUGGCGAGCAGCCACGAGGGAAUGAAGGCAGGGGGGCAGUGGGCGAUGAGGAGAGGGGCGCGGGGGACAGCGCGGUAAAGGGGAAGAGGAAGAGAGGUGCGAGCAGUGCGAUGGGGAGGAAAGGGGCGGAGGAGGAAGAGGGUGGGGAGGACGGGGAGGGGCGGGAGGCCGGGGGGAAGCAAGCGAGGGGGAGCGCCAAGAAGAGGCGCGGUGGGAAGAGUGCAGCGAGCAGGCGGAGGGGGUCAGGGGGCGGAGGGACGUCAGUGGGAGGGUUGGCAGAGGAGGCAGAGGAAAUCGCAGGGGACGACGGGUUGAACCCAGCAGUGGCAGGUAGGGGAAUGGCAGGGCAUUUGGAGCAAGCAGCAAGGGCGGCAGAGGCGGGUGGUGUGCUGGAAGGCAGUGAGAGGUGUGGCGUGUCGUUGCAUGGGGUGUUGGUGCAGGAGGAGGAGAUGGCAUCGCAGGUCCAGCAGCUGAGCGUUCCUGCGGCGUGUGGGUGGGGCGAGAGGCAGCUGCUGGCAGCGGUGGUGGAGAGAAUCAGAGAGGCAUGGCCGCCAGACUCCGCACUGGAGCUCCUUGACAGGCCGUACCCACGCAGUGCAGCUGCUGGUGCUGGCAGGGCCAAGGGAACCAACCCGCAGGACACGGAAGUCUCAGUCUUAGCAGGGAUGUCAGCAGAUGCGUUGGCGGGUGUGGAGGCGAGGCUGAGGGUUCUAGGUGUUAUGUGCUGUGCGGUGCAGCGCCUGCCAGGCACCAUCUGCUGGUGGGCCACGGCCAAUGCACUGAGUGCGUGGAUGGCAUGGGCCUCCCCUCACAUCACCACUGCUCAUCUCACCACGCCACCACCUGCUGCUUGCAGUGCAGGGAAGGCAGGGGGUGAGGUGAGGCGCUGGAAUGUGGCGCAGCUGCUGAUUGACAGCGCUGCUCGCUUCCUUGCCACCCCGUGUCACAGCACCUCUGCCCUUGGAGAGAAAACCGCUGCUGUUGGUCCCGUCAGUGUCCGUGCUCUCCUGCCCUCUGCUCGCUUGCUGCUCACACAUGCCUGUGUUGGUGAUCGGGGGGGAAGGGGCAGCGGGGCGAGCAGCUUCAUCACGGGCCUUUGUCAGGUCACUCUUCUGCCGUGGUCUCUUGGAAACCAGCACAGCUCUCACAGCAACAGCGUGCAAGGCGUGCAGGAACCUGUGGGAGCGCUCGAGCUUAGCAAACUGAAUGCGCUUAGAGUAUCAGGCGCAGUGCUGGCAUGGCUGGUGGAAAGGCUUCAGAGCGAGGUGACGGUGACACGUGGAGCAGAGGGGGAGGAGAAGAGUGAGAAGGGGGACGAGGGAGAGCAGUCGGGGCGCAGUGCAGUGAAGCAAGGGCGGGCAGCAGAAGAUGUGGUGGUAGGGGGAUGGGCGACAGAUGUGGUGAGCACUGUUAGCAAGGUGGUGCAGGGGGCGAUGCAGGAUGAGCAUGCGGGCGUGCGCAGAGCAGCGGUGGAGCAGCUGCCCUUGCUUCUGUGGGCGGUCAAGGGGCUGUCACACCAUGCCUCGAUUAGCCCGCACACCACUGCUGCAGAAACAGGGAGGCACGGUGGGGGAAAGGGCGAGGGCGGCGCUGCGAGUGCGUGUGGGGGGUGGGGGCAGGAGUGGGUGGUGCCGCUGCUUAGGAAGCUAGCAGCAGACAGCAGUGAGGAGGUGCAGGUCGCAUGUGCGCGCGCCCUGGGACCUCUCCUCUGCGCCCUCUCUCUCUCCCCCCUGCCGCCACUGCCCCAUCCUCGCACCCCUGCCUCCGCCCAUACACCACUCCCCUCGUGCCCUGUCUGCUCUCACUUCCUCCACCCCCACACAAGCAUAACCCCCACCAAUGCGGGCGGCCCUCUGCCAUGCAGCCCUACACCCCACAACACCAUGAACCCAGCAGCACAGCAGGAGGCGCAUGGGGAAAGCACGGCCCCCUGCGCCACUGCCCACAGCGGCCUCUCCAUCCCCCCGCGCGACCUCUCAGCCAUCAUCCCGUGCUUCGCGCGCAACGACAGCCCCUCCUCUGUGAAAGCCGCCUUCGCCCUCUCCCUGCCGUCGCUGCUGCUGCACGCCUCCACUGCGCACCUGCUCGCCCUCAAGCCCACCCUCCUCGCGUCCCUCAACGCCCUCUCCUCCCACCCCCACUGCUCCGUGCGCUGGGCCUUCCGCCCCGCCAUCCGCUGCUUCUUCCUGCCAGCUGUCGUCAUGCCAUUGUCUGGAGCAGCCAGUGGGGCGGCAGGGAACAAAGGGGGAGGGGAGGGCGGUGGCGCGGAGCGGGUGGAGGGGGGUUGGAGCGAGGAGGAGCGGCAGGAUGCAGCGUUGAGGCUGCUGAAGAAGUUCAAGGGGCGGCUGCAGAGUGGCGAUGACGAUGUGCGGCGCAAGGAGGCCGUCAUGGGCGCCGUGGGGGAGAUUGUCGCCUGUGCUGCAGCCGACCCACAACUGCUCUUCUUCUCCUUCAUCCUCCUGGUAUCACGCCCUCACGCCCUCACUCCAACACUUGCUAUCCUCCUCUCCCACCUCACCUUGCUGCUCUCGUCACCACCAUCCUCUGCACACCACAACCCUGCGUCAUCCACUUGUCUCCCACAAAUGCUGCUGGUGGAGCAGCUGGAUGCGGCGCACCUCUCCCUGCAGGCAGCAGCGGUCGCCACUCUCCGCUCCUCCUGCCACCUCCUCACGCACCCCCACCACCGCACCCCCGCACCAAACACUGGUUCUGCCAGCGUGCCAUCGCACUUGCCCUGCACAGCAGGCGCAGCAGAGGGGGCAGCGGACGCAGGUCCCGCAGGUGGUGGCAGUGCGAUGGGAGAGAGCAGUGAGGGGAGUGUGUGGGCGGUGGUGCAGCGCAUCCAGGAGGAUCUCUUUGACUACCUCGCUGCCCGCCUUGUCACCCGCCCUGCCCUCGUUCACGCCUUUGCACGCGACGUGCUGGGGUGGGACGUGGAGCAGCUUGUAACGAGGAUGCUGCCGGUGGUGCUGCCCAGCAAGGUGCUGGAGGCGGCAGUGGAGGAGGCGGGGGGCGGGUCACCGCAGCCGACGCAUGGAGAUGCCACGGAUGCCAAGGCGCUGGCAGUGCUGCAGGCGAUAGCACGGGCAGAGGGCACGGAGCUAGCGCUGCUGCUGAUGAUGUGGGCGCAUAAGUUCCUGGCGCGCCUGCUGCUGUGCACGGACAGCCACAGCCUGCUGCUGCUGCUGCACUUCUAUGAGGCGCACACGGGCCUGUCGCCCCAGGACGUGUUUGCGGGCAUCACAGGGCCGCUGCUGGAGGAGAUGUGCUGGUUCCUGGGCGACCACAGCAGCGAACUUGCGCUCAAACGGUGUGCGCCCUGCCUUGCCUUGCUCCCUUCCCAUGUUCUGGCAAGCCGAGUGUUCCCGACGGUGAGGGAGCUGGUGGCGCUGACAACAGGCAGCGAGGCUACAGAGGAGAGGGCAGCGGACUUCCUGUGCGCACACCUCAUGCGCAUCCUCAACGCCCUCCACCGCUCCUCACUGCGCCUGCGCUCCAACCCACCCCGGCAAGAGCAGGCCCUGAGGGUGAUCGGGCAGCUGGCCAAGCUGGCAGGGCCCAAGCGCCUGCCUGCGUUUGCGCCCAAGAUGUUUGCGCUGCUGGCGGUGGGCGUGGAGCAGGGGCAGGCGGAGAGUGUGCGUAGCACAGGGCUGGACGUGUGGCUGGGGUUCGUGCACACGCUGGCGGAGUAUGCACCGGGCGUGCUCAGGAGCAUGUGCUCUCAGAUCGCCGUCGCGCUGCUGCCCUGCUUGGAAGGCCCUGAAGGGGGCUUGGGAGACGAGUGGGCAGGGGGGGGGAGCAGAACGGUGGAGGAGGGGGACGAGGCUGGGGAUGCGGAGCAGGGGAAGGGGAAGAGCUGGGAUGGGUAUUCGCGGGGCAAGCGGGUGGGCAGGAGCAGUGAGGGUAAGAGCGGUGCGGUGACCGGGGGGGGGUUGUCGGAGAAGGAGGUGAAGGAGCUGGCGAUGACACAGCGGGCAGUGAGGGCAGCGCAGGGCGAGGAGAUGCUGCGGCCGCACCUGCAGAAAGCUGCUGCGGUGUUCCGGGCACUCGUGAUUGAGCACGGCGCCAUCCUGGGCUCUCACCUGCGCGCCCUGCCACUACUCCCCGAUCUGGAGGCGCUGCGAGGCGUGAACGGCGUGAUUCAGGAGGCGAGGGGGCGGCUGGGCGUGCGGGAGAAGGUGCUGCUGACAGUGGCGGGGCUGGGGCACGAGUCCAUCAGCGUGCGGCUGGUGGCAGCGGAGGGCAUGAAGCGGCUGCUGCAGGAGCAUGGCGGUGCGGUCAGUGCCAUGCUGGUGAGCGAGCGAGAGGCAGACAGGGAGGCCGUGUGUGCGGGCGUGGCAGCACUGCUGGCGGGCAGUGCGGAGGAGUCGAAGACUGUGACGAGCCACUUGCUGAAGCUCGCCUGUGCUGAGUGCCUGGGCGAGCUAGGCGCUGUGGACCCUGCUAGGCUCUCCACUUCAGGGGGGGUCAAGGCCGCCAUGCUGCACGCACACACAGGGCCACAGCAGGCGCAGCAGCAGCAGGGUGUGGGGCAGGGGUGUGCGUCUGCGUGUGCACUGAUGGUUGCGUGCGAUGAUGAAGAGCUAGCAGCGGAUCUGAUUUCGCUGCAUCUCGCUCGUGUGGUGCGUGCCGCCACGGACGCGGAUGUGCAGGACGCCGCUGCGUGCGCCAUCCAGGAGAUGCUGCGCGUGUUCGGGUGCCGGCGCAGCCGCCAGGAGGAGGAGGGUGAUGAGGAGGAGGAGAGGCGAGGGGAGGCUGGCACGGCGGAAGCAGCGGCAGAGAGGCAGGAGGGAGGGGGGAAGGGGAAGGGGCGGUGGAGCGAGAGGGGCGUGAGGCUGUGGGAGAGGCUGCGGGGCGAGGUGAGGGAGGUGAUCUCACCGUGCCUCACGUCCCACUUCAGCCUGCAGCGCCUGCCAACGCGGCCCUCUGCCACGAAACAAGAAUUGCAGCAGCAGCAGCAAGGAGGGACCGCAGUUUCAGGUGUGGGUGGCGCUGGGGACUUUUCCAGGGCGGUGUUUCGGCCGGGGGCGUUGUUCCGGCGGUGGCUGUACAGGUGGAUGCGGCGCAUGGUGGAGCAGGCAGCGGGGUUCAGAGCCGGCAUCUUUGCCGCCUGCACCGGCAUCCUGCAGUUUGACGCGCCCACCGCUCUCUUCCUCCUCCCUCACCUCACCCUCAACGUGCUCUGCUUCGGCAGCGACGAAGCUAGAGAGGAGGUUCGGGAUGAAAUCCUGGCUGUGGUUACCUGGGCCUUGACGCCAGGAGGUGGAAAGAGUCAGGGGCCAGGCUCUGCUGCUGCUGCUGCCGCUGCUGCUGAUAACCGUGUCACAUCUGCUUCCGGUUCUCCUGGUGGCAGUGCAGCAUCAAAGGGCGAUGCCAUGGUGCUGCAGGCGGUGUUCUCACUGCUGGACUGGGUGCACUCGUGGUUGGAGCAGGCGAGCAGCGUGGUGGAGCAGGUCAAGAUGGCAGUCGUCUCUGGCAGAUCCCCUCCCUCUGACGUCCUCUCCUCCCCCCUCCUCGCCUUCCUCGCCCUCCUCCCUCCCUCCCCACCACCUGCUGCAGCAGCAGCAGCAGCAGCGCCAGCGCGGGCGGCAAAGUUUGUCUGCUCUGCGGCGCAGGUACGGCACGCGGAGGAUGUGUGUGGGCGGGUGCGGUGGGUGGUGGAGAGGGAGGUGAGCAAGGAGGUGCUGGCGCAUGCGGCCGUGCGCUGCCAGGCAUACUCCCGUGCCUACAUGUACCACGAGGCCAGUGUCAGGGAGCGCUCCGGCACCCUCAACCCUGCUGCCGCUGGGGGCGGCGCCAAGCCUACGCUGCCGAGCCUGGCUGGUUCGGAGGCAGUUCCGGGGCGAGUGGACAAUGGUGGUGCGAUUACUGGGGAUGGAGCAGAUGCAAGGGAAGCAGGUAGAGGAAACGGAGGAGGUGGUGGUGGGGGUAGGGAGGAGCAGCGGCAGCGAGGGGCGUUCCGCGAUGCUGAUGUGUCGCUGCUGCUGGAGAUCUACCGGUCACUGGAGGAGCCAGAUGGCAUGCGCGGAUUGGUGAGCCUGCGAGGGGCAGCAGGGGCAGGGGAGGCGAGUGGCGUGAGGGCGAGGGACGAGAUGGUCAUGUGCGAGCAGGAGGGGCGCUGGGCGGAUGCUCUCACCCUCUACGAGGACGCUCUGGGGGGCGCUGCUGCAGGGGAGGGUGGCGUGGGUGGGGGAGUGGUGGGGGGUGUGCGUGCAGAGGGUGAACAUGCAGGCGACAUUGGGCUGCAGGUGAUGUGGCGACGAGUGGAGGUGGAACAGCUACCGCAGGGGGAGGGGGGCGAGGGAAAACGAUGCGAGGAAAGGGCUACGGAAGGUGCAUGCGAAGUGAAUGCAGCGGAGCAGCAGCAGCAACAGGCGAGCAUGCGCGUGUCGCUGCACGUGGGGCUGCUGGGGUGUCUGCUGAGCAUGGGUCACCUGCACGCCACGCUCACCCAUGUGGACGGGCUGCUGCUGCGCUUCCCCCUCACCGCGCCCACCUGGGCCGCCACGGGCGUGCAGGCAGCAUGGCGUCUGGGCGCAUGGGACCUGCUUCACGAGUACGUAGCCGCGGCCCAGCAAGACGCUCAUCCCAUGCCACACCAUGAGGAGCAGGCGAUUUCGGACGGGCUGGGUGUGGCGAGGGUGGGGGGAGCGGGGUGGCAGGAGGAGUUUCAGCUGGGGCUGGCGCGAGUGGGGCUGGCGCUGCGGUCAGCAGCGUGGGCGCAGUGCCGGGAGGAGGUGGUGCGUACACGUGCAUGUGUGCUGCCAGCGCUGGCUGCUGCAGCUAUGGAGUCGUAUGACCGUGCCUACCCCGUGCUCGUCAACCUGCACGCCCUGCACGAGAUUGAAGUAUGUAUACCCGUUAUAAGCAGCUGCUCUGCGGGUGCAGCUGGUGGGGGCGGUCAAGGGGUCAGUGGUGCGUUGCUGGGGAGUGGCGGGGCCAGGCUGGGGAGGUUACAGGGGGGUGGGGGGAGGCCUGGAACACUGGGACGAAUAGAAGACGCAGCAGCAGUAGCAGCAGGAAGAGGAGUGGACAACAGUAUACAAGAGUUCAAAGCACAGGUACAAGAGAGGCUUCAGGCCUGGCCGAGCCGGCUGCAUGCAACCCAACCAAGUUUCAAGGUCCGAGAGCUAGUCCUUGCGGUUCGGCGCAUGCUGUGCCAAGCUGCCGGACUUGAGGGCGAGGUUGGGCGAAACUGGCUCGAGCUCGCCCGUACCUGUCGCAAGGCUGGGCACUGCCAGGCUGCCACCAGAGCUGUGCUGCAGGCUCGGGCGCUGGGAACAGCAGGUUCGGAAGUGGAGGCAGCCAAGGUGCUGUGGGCAUCAGGCAGAGAGUACCAGGCCACACAGGAGCUGCAGAAGUUCUUAACCGUUGCUGAGGCGGCUUGUACAGGGGAUAACAACGCAGGGCAGGACGCUGCUGGGGCAGCAGGGCGGGGAGGAGGCGGUGGAGGGGCACAGGGAGCGAGGGAUUCAUGGCAGGUGGCACGGGCUCUCCUGCUGCUGGCGCGGUGGUCGCACGAGACACGGCAGAAGCAGACAGCGGACGUGGUGCACCUGUACGAGCGUGCAGCACAGCUGCAGCCACAGUGGGAGAAGCCCUUCUUCUUCCUCGCACGCUACUUCGACGACCUGCUCGUUGACGCCCAGCGCCGCCAGGAGGAUGACUCUGGAACUGCAGCAGCAGCAGUGGGGGGAGGGGGAGCAGGGGGAGGUAAGGGGCGCGCAGGGAAUGGGGCGGGUGGUGGGAGGGGCGUGAGCAGUGCAGGCACGGGUGGGGUGGGGGGCAGCAGAGGAGCUGCGGUGCGGCUGGGCGUGGAGGAGAGUGCGUGGUGGCAGCACGUGCAGGAGGCGCUGCUGUGCUACUCCAAUGCGCUGCACCGCGGUACACUCUUCCUCUCACAGGCCCUGCCGCGCCUCCUCACGCUCUGGUUCGACUUCGGGGGCCGCUUCCAGGAGAGUGCAGUGCGCGGCAACGCUGCCCUCAAGGCGGAGAGUGCACGCGUGCACAAGCUCAUGGCGGACUGCAUUGCGUCGCUGCCGUCCUCGCACUGGCUGGCCGCGCUGCCGCAGCUCACCUCGCGCAUCUGCCACCCCAACGCCACCGUGUGUGCGCUGCUCAAGGCGCUGCUGGUGCGGCUGCUGACAGCGCACCCGCACCCCACGCUCUGGACGCUCAUCGCUGUGUGCAAGUCCGCUGUGCCGGCGCGCAGGGAUGCCGCCAACGAGGUGGUGUCUGGGGCCAAGGCAGCGGCGAGAGAGGAGGGCGGUGCUGCUGGCACAAGCCUCCUUGCUCUCAUCUCAGAAUUCACGUCGUUUGCAGACGCCAUGAUCCGGCUGUGUUUCCACGGCAGCACGGGGUCAUCAGCCCCGCGCAUGAGGGCGCUCAGCAUCUCCUCUGACUUCAGUGCGCUCAAGCGCUCCAUGCCACUCGCCGUCGCCCUGCCCACUCAAGCCGUCCUUGCUGCACCCUACGCCGCUGCCAGCAGCAGUGCUGCCGCUGGGCCGGGCAGCAGUGGCGGAGGGGAGGGCGAGUGUGUGAGCAUCUGUGGUAUAGCAGACGAGGUGGAAGUGCUGCAGUCGCUGCAGCGCCCCAAGAAGGUGGUGUUGCUGGGCAGUGACGGGAGGCGGUACCCGUUCCUGUGCAAGCCCAAGGACGAUCUGCGCAAGGAUGCGCGCAUGAUGGACGUCGCCGCGCUGCUCAACCGCCUGCUGCUCCGCGCCCCCGAGGGCCGCCGCCGCGCGCUGCGCCUGCGCACGUUCGCGGUGCUGCCGCUCACGGAGGACUGCGGCAUGGUGGAGUGGGUGCCGCACACCCGCGGCUUCCGCCACGUCAUGCAGGUGCGCGUGCUCGCAUGGCGUGCAGGCUCACAUGGCUUGCUGACAACUCUAUGCUGCAUGCCGCGCCAGCACUCUCAGGCCCAAGACCUGUAUGCGGCGCACGGGCUGUUUGACCGGCAGAAGACGCUGGGGCAGGUGAAGCGGCUGUACGACCAGCGCGCAUCCACGGGGCAGAGCGAGGCCGACCUGCUGCGCCGCCACGUGCUGCCGCUCUUCCCCCCGCUCUUCCACCGCUGGUUCCCCCGCGCCUUCCCCGACCCCUCCGCCUGGCUGGCGGCGAGGGCAGCGUUCACGCGCAGCUGUGCAGUGUGGUCCAUGGUGGGGCACGUGGUGGGGCUGGGCGACCGGCACGGGGAGAACCUGCUGGUGGACGGCGCGAGUGGCGAGUGCGUGCACGUGGACUUCAGCUGCCUCUUCGACAAGGGCCUUUCCCUGCAGCAGCCCGAGCUCGUGCCCUUCCGCCUCACUCAGAACAUGGUGGACGGGUUUGGCAUCAGUGGGUGCGAGGGCAUGUUCCGGCGCACGGCGGAGAUCACACUGGCGCUGCUGCGCUGCCACCGCUCUGCCCUCAUGUCCGUGCUGCAGACCUUCCUGCACGACCCCCUCGUCGAGUGGACCAAGCCCCACCGCUCCUCCUCCUCCUCAGCUGCUGCUGCCGCGGCCGCCGCCGCUGCGGCUGCUGCUGCUGGGGGAGGAGGCGUGGCUAUGGGCACGGGGGAGAUUCAGAAUCCUUAUGCACAGAAAGCACUGUCGAACAUUGACUCGCGGCUGCAGGGCGUGGUGGUGGGCGUGGCAGCAGCACCGUCGCUGCCACUGUCAGUGGAGGGGCAGGCGGACUGCCUCAUUCAGCAGGCCACCUCCAUUGAGAACCUCGCCCGCAUGUACAUAUGGUGGAUGCCCUGGGGGUGCGCGGAAGGCCAUGCGGGCGAACGAGAGCACGUGCGUGGUUGGCCGAAAGGUAAUGCGCGGAGCGGGGGGUUAGACGGCGGAAGGAAUGCUGCUGCUGCUGCUGCUGCUGCUGCUGCUGCUGCUGCUGCUGCUGCUGCUGCUGCUGCUGCUGCUGCUGCUGCUGCUGCUGCUGCUGCUGCUGCUGCUGCUGCUGCUGCUGCUGCUGCUGCUGCUGCUGCUGCUGCUGCUGCUGCUGCUGCUGCUGCUGCUGCUGCUGCUGCUGCUGCUUCGCGUGGUGCUGGUGCCGUACCGCGCAUGCCACGUGGCAAAGUACCAUUCGUGGAUGCAGCUACCCCAUGUCUCUCGCCCCUCCGCUCGUUCCGCGCCCAUGGCCCUCUCGCCCUCCUUCACCCCCGCAACCCCUCAACUCCCGCCCUGCUCUACACGCACCUGCCUGCGGUGGUCCGGCAGGACCCGUGGCUGCAGGAGGCGACAGGAUCAGAGCCGCUGAGCCUAGAGGAGGAGUACAGCAUGCAGCAGCGCUGGCGACACGACAGCGACAAGUGCACGUUCAUAGUGCUAGAUCGUGCGCGCAUACCGGUCCUAGCCAACACCUCCGGGGAGCUGCCUGGACCUACCACGGGCCCACCUCCGGGUGCGCCACCUGAGACAACAGCAGCAGUGCCAGCAGCAGAAGCAGCAGCAGCGGCGGCAGUGGAAGGCGCAGCAGCAGCAGAGGGCGACGCAGUAGGCUGCCUUCGCCACUCGCCCUCCCACCUUGACGGCAUGUGUGGCGAUGUGAACCUCUUCCUCAACGACCCCGACCACCCCACCGCUGCUGAGGUCGAGGUCAUGAUAGCCGCCCCCUCAUGUCGGGGGCGGGGCAUGGGGAGGGAGGCCCUGCAGCUGAUGCUGGCGUACGCGGCGUGGCACCUGCACCUCACCACGUUCCGCGCCAAGAUCAACGACUCCAAUGCGCCCUCCCUCGCCCUCUUCCGCUCCCUCGGCUUUGUAGAGACAGGGCACAGCCAGGUGUUUCAGCAGGUUUAUCUUGUAACCUUCCCUCUCUCCUCCACUCCUUCCUCCCCCUUUUCCCCCAAUUCCCACCAAACCAGGAGUUCAAGAGUCGUUCCUAUGGCGUCGCGUAGGGAAGAGCUGAAGACAGGCCCCCAACUUGGCCAAACACAGGAGCAGGCCGAGAAGGCGCAUGAGAAGAUUGUGGAGGGCGGGAAGAAGGGUGGUGAAGCACGCAAGGCUCAGAUGACGCACGAGGACUACGUGGAGAUGGGACGAAAGGGCGGAAAGGCGCGCGCGGAACAGGCAUACGAGGGAGCGCAGUUCGCGGGGCACCCUGAAGGAGCCCUCCGGGAUGUGCCCGAGAGGCCAAUUCGUGACUGA